CAUCACAAAAGCCAAAUCAGAGGAAAUAAUUAAGUGUAGCUCAAGAGCUACCUGCAGCCUUGACCAUUCAAAACAAGCGAGCAAGCACAGGGAGGAGAGGAGGAGCAGGUGCGGGACAAGUAGCUCCUUCCCAGGAUCCAGUAGAGAGGGAAGGAUUCCCUUCCUGGUUAGAAGGACUCCACUGAUAUCUGGAAGGAGCACCGUGGAGUCCUUUUCAAUUGUCACUCACGAGAUGAAACCAGUGUGCAGCGAAGCGAAGAAACGGCUUUGAAUGAAGAGAGAUUUUCCCCUUCAUAAACUGCUCAUCACAUCAUGAGUGGAUGAUGGUCACACAGGUAGAUCCCCGGGCUUUGACGAGUCUAUUCAAUGAUUGAUUGUAUUUGAGCCAGAGGCUGAGCUGCCUGAACACAAAUCCUCUAAUUAUGAUUUGAAAGCAUCUAUACUCGGAACUCAGUGGCACACUUGGACUCUUCUUGGAAGGACCCACGGACUGUACGUAUGCUACCUUUGACCCAGAUGGACGCCGCCGCUCUCUAGAAACCCUGCUGACUUCAGAUGUGUGGCGUACAGUGGCACACAGGGUAGGACGAGCCCACAGCAUGGGUUUUCAGGUGUUUGUGGCUUUCGGUCCUUGGAAUUUGUUGCUAUUGCUGGUAGCCCUGGAGUGUUCUGAAGCAUCUUCUGAUCUGAACGAAUCCACAAAUUCCACCACCCGGCAUGAACCUAAUGUUCAGUUUGCUGCUGCCAGCUCAGAGCCGGAUGAGAACAUACCUGUUUUUGUACUGGAUUAUGACUAUGUGCAAAUUCCUUAUGAGGUCACCCUCUGGAUACUUCUAGCAUCUCUUGCAAAAAUAGGCUUCCAUCUUUACCGCAGACUGCCAGGCCUCAUGCCAGAAAGCUGCCUCCUCAUCAUCGUUGGAGCUCUGGUGGGUGCCAUCAUCUUUGGCACCGAUCACAAAUCACCUCCAGUCAUGGAUUCAAGCAUCUACUUCUUAUAUCUCCUUCCACCCAUCGUCCUGGAGAGUGGUUACUUUAUGCCCACUCGGCCCUUCUUUGAGAAUAUCGGCUCCAUCCUGUGGUGGGCAGGCCUGGGGGCCCUGAUCAACGCCUUCGGCAUUGGCCUCUCCCUCUACCUCAUCUGCCAGAUCAAGGCCUUUGGCCUCAGCGAUGUCAACCUGCUUCAGAACCUGCUGUUUGGCAGCCUGAUCUCAGCCGUGGACCCAGUGGCUGUGCUGGCUGUGUUCGAGGAGGCGCGUGUGAAUGAACCGCUCUACAUGAUGAUCUUCGGGGAGGCCCUUCUCAAUGAUGGCAUUAGCGUGGUCUUAUAUAAUAUCUUAAUUGCCUUCACAAAGAUGCAUAAAUUUGAAGACAUAGAACCUGUUGACAUUUUGGCUGGAUGUGCCCGAUUCGUUAUUGUGGGGGUUGGGGGAGUAUUUUUCGGCAUCAUUUUUGGAUUCAUUUCUGCGUUUAUCACACGUUUCACUCAGAACAUCUCUGCAAUUGAACCACUCAUCGUCUUCAUGUUCAGCUAUUUGUCUUACUUGGUUGCUGAGACGCUCUAUCUCUCUGGCAUCCUAGCAAUCACAGCCUGCGCGGUGACAAUGAAGAAGUACGUAGAGGAAAACGUGUCCCAGACAUCCUACACCACCAUCAAGUAUUUCAUGAAGAUGCUGAGCAGUGUCAGCGAGACCCUGAUCUUCAUCUUCAUGGGCGUGUCCACCGUUGGGAAGAACCACGAGUGGAACUGGGCCUUCAUCUGCUUCACCCUGGUCUUCUGCCAGGUCUGGAGAGCCAUCAGCGUAUUUGCUCUCUUCUAUGUCAGUAACCAGUUUCGGACUUCCCCCUUCUCCAUCAAGGACCAGUGCAUAAUUUUCUACAGUGGUGUUCGAGGAGCCGGAAGUUUUUCACUUGCAUUUUUGCUUCCUCUGUCUCUUUUUCCUAGGAAGAAAAUGUUUGUCACUGCUACUCUAGUAGUUAUUUAUUUUACUGUAUUUAUUCAGGGAAUCACAAUUGGCCCUCUGGUCAGGUACCUGGACGUUAAAAAGACUAAUAAAAAAGAAUCCAUCAAUGAGGAGCUUCAUAUCCGUUUGAUGGAUCACUUGAAGGCCGGAAUUGAAGAUGUGUGUGGGCAAUGGAGCCACUACCAAGUGAGAGACAAGUUUAAGAAGUUUGAUCACAGAUAUUUACGGAAAAUCCUAAUCCGAAAGAACCUGCCAAAAUCAAGCAUUGUUUCUUUAUACAAGAAGCUGGAAAUGAAACAAGCCAUCGAGAUGGUAGAGACUGGGAUACUGAGUUCUACAGCCUUUUCUGUACCCCAGCUGGCCCAGAGGAUACAAGGAACCAAAAGGCUUUCCCCUGAAGAUGUGGAGUCCAUGAGGGACCUUCUGACACACAACAUGUACCAAGUUCGACAAAGGACCCUGUCCUACAACAAAUAUAACCUCAAACCCCAAACAAGUGAGAAGCAGGCUAAAGAGAUUCUGAUCCGCCGCCAGAACACCUUGAGGGAGAGUAUGCGGAAAGGCCACAGCCUGCCCUGGGGAGAGCCGGCCGGUGCCAAAAACAUCCGCUACCUCUCCUUUCCCUACGGCCAUCCUCAGCCAGCAAGCAGACACAGGAGGGUUGCUGAGUUCACAGACAAUGACAGCAGUGACUCAGAACGCCCAUCCAUCAUGUUCAAAGAACACUCUCAAAGAGAUUUGCCUCAAGAAAGAUACCCAACACAAGAAAUAAUCCCGAUGAAGAGUUUAUACAGAGGAAGGAAGCCGACCAACUUCCGUUAUCAAAGAAAUACAAGCCAAGAAGAGCAUGUUGGCCAAGGAAGAAGGGCAGCUUUAAGGCCCAAACCACUGUUUCGUGCAGUAGAUGAGGAGUACGAAUCUGGAGAGGAGAGUGCGGAAGAGGCAUCAGCGAUUGGGCCCGGAUGGCCACCUGAGCACAGACCCAGCAGGGAGCACCACAAGUCCCACAGUCCUUUGCUUAGAAGAAAAUAGCUUUAUUGUCCGCAAGAUUGUUUCUGUGUUUUUCAGGAGCCUGUCUUCCUAUUAUUGUCAAAGAAGGAUUUUCAGAGUUCUGAAGAAAGCUACCGAGUUUUCCUUUUUUGAAGAUAUCAGACAUGCAUCUACACCAGGCCGGGAGAUUUUUCGGAGGCCUGAGAGCAACUUGUAGGCUCUGCCGUUCGUAGCUGAUGUACUUAGUAGAUGAAUUCCCUGUGAGGGAUAGAACUUAGUCACCCCCAAAAUUAUUCACUAUGAAUCACUAAGAGUGUGUGAUCCAUGUAAUUCAUUGAGAUACAAGCGUGAUUUGUCAGUAAUUCACCUUGACCAUAUGCAUGUGCGCCUUAUAAUCAAGUUAGAACUAGGAGAGGCCUUAGAAAUCGUCUGGUCCAACCACCUCUGUUUAUGGGUAAAAACACUUUGCCCAAGGUCACGUGGUGAGUUGCUGGCUUCACAAGCUAAUUGUCCUCCCUCCCAAGUGAAUACAUUCGAUUUGGAUUUUGAUAUGCACUAUGUAAUAAUUGUAUUUCUGAGGAGAGGCACCAUUUGUCAUCACAUUGCCAUAUUUAAUCAGUAGCAAUGACUGACAGAAGUGAUACAGACUAUAGGACUAAUCUGUGAACAGAUUAUUCUAGUAGAUUAAUCAGCAGUCUAUUUUCUAAUUGGAAUAUUUAUUUUAAAAAUAAAUAUUAGAAACAAAACAGCCAUAACGGGCUUUAACAGCAAUGACGCAGACGACAGGUAUUCGUGAGAUGCGCCGUGUAGGGUAUGAUAUCUUGCUCUAGGGUUUCUUUUCUAGACUAUAACAAUGUUUAUUAUUUUUAGACCAUUAUCUAGUCAUUUUUUUAACCAACGUAUAGUUGACAUACAAUAUUCUGUUAGUUUCAGGCGUACCUCCUAAUGAUUCAACAUUUAUAUUCAUGACAAAAUGCUCACUACGGUAUGUCUAGUUACCAUCUGUCACCAUACAAAGUUACUGCAAUGUUAUUGACUACGUUCCCUAUGCCGUACAUUUCAUCCGUGUGACAUUUAUUCUAUAACUGGAAGCUCGUACCUCUUAGUCCCCUUCACCUGUUUCACCCAACUCCCCACCCCCUCUCCUCUGGCAACCACCAGUUUGUUCUCUGUAUCUAGAGCUAACAACUAUUUUCCAAUUUAAUUUUCCAUCCUCAACAUCCCCAAACGUGACCUUGAACUUGGACUCCAGCUCAUCAAUUUUGCUAGAUGGCUUUAUCUUUCCUCACUCCUUCCCCUCUCUUCCUCUACUGUCUCUUCUGGCCACCUAUAGAUUAACAAAUAUUUAUUAAGUGCUAUUUAUUAUGCCAAAUGGCUAAUCUAUAUUAAUCAAAUAAUCAUAAUAUUCUUUAUCAUUGCCAUUUUUGGUAUCUGUAACCAUUCCCAACUGAUUUAAUCCUAUUCAUCUUUAAAGGCCGUGACCCACUGCACUCUGCUCCCUAGGCCUGCCUUGAUCCCCUGGAUCAGAAGUGACCAAGUGAUCACUCUCCUCCUUGGAGCCCCACACCACUUCAGACGUGUCACAGAACUUCUCUGGGAAUUACGCUUAUGCAUGUGCGUGUGCAUCCGAUGGUCCGUGGUCAGACAGAUGAGGAGGAUAGUGUGUUCAUUUUAAUUUUUAUCCCUUCAUCAGCUGUAUCUUUUAUUUCUUGGCUUUAUCUUUCUUCUACUUUUUUUUUUUUUUAGCUUUUAUCAACUUUUUCUCUCAGUUAUUAUAGUAACUUGUACCUGGUAGAUUGUCUAUAAAUGUUGAAGUGACACGACAAUUUAGAGCUGGCAAGGACAUUAGAGAUGUUGUCAGAUAUUCUUAUUUUCCAGGUGACAAAAACAAGGUCUGGAGAAGCUACCUGGUGCCCGUUCAGGGUCUGCUUUGCCCUGAAGGGCGUGGGCUUGUCCUGUAGUAUAGCCCGUGGAUGCCAGUGACUGUCAAAGGACAUACGACUUUCCCUGGGUUUGUAUUUUUGUGAACGCCAUUCACUUAGGUUCCUCCUGCAGUGGAAGAAAUGGCUGUCAAAGGAGGCUGCUUGUCUUUCUUCUUCUGAAUCUGAAAUAGAAGACUGCUUAUGAGUUAUCAAGAAUACUUUGAUUUUAGUGAAAAUGACACACUACCAGAUAAUGGUAAUCAGCCCAAAGGGAUAGAAGCACCUAUAAAAUCCAGGGAUCUCUGGGUUCUCCUUUUUCUUUAAACAAAUAAGCAGUCAAAGUAACAGAAAAAACUUUAUGCUCCAUGAGGGGGAGUCAGUGAGUCAUAAUCCUUAAACUGUAGAUGGAGAUACAGAGACAGAGAGGAGUCGUCAGAAAUCACCUUUCCAAAGCCAUCUGUAAAGCUGAUUCUCGAGAAGUGAAGAGCGCCUGUGUCCCUUGCUGGACUCUCCACAGAACAGCAGAAAUCCACACUGUGAAAGCCCCUACGCAGAGUAGCCAGCAAGGGCCAAGGAUUAGUGGAGUCUGUCUGACUCUCCUGUUUUUCUCUGAGAUGCUGGUGCCUUUUCAGAAAAGGGGGGCGGGAUUUAGUGAGUACUUCGGAACUUGCCCCUUUAAUUAGUAGAAGCCACAAUAGAGUCGUUUGCCCCGAGGUCAUUUGUUCUUGUAGACACUGCCUCGACCGAGUCUGGGAAGAGGUCCUGGAGCUCCCACCUGAAAGGCGAGGCAGAUUGAGGGCCCUCACCACCCGUCCUGGCAGCUCUCAUAGACUUGCAGACCUCCUGGAGGAAAUGUCCUCUUUGUUUAUCAUCCAGGAUUUUUUCAAAGUGCAGUGUGAUCUGAUCUUCAUUCCAUCAGCCACAGCCCGCUUUGGGGAUUGGUUGAGAGUGUCAUGGAUGCUGCCCCAGAAUGGUCUUGGGUACCGGUUUCACAUGAUGAGUUUUUCCAACAGGCACCUAGCAGUGCAGCAGAGAAAGUUUCCUCUUGAGUGUGAGGACGAUCUGGUUCUUGUUCCCUACUCACCUUGGGGUGGGGAUGGGGUCCCAUGAGGGGUGCCCUCCUGGGUCUGGCUGCUGUCCUCUGAGCCAUCCACCUUCUCUGCCAGUGGUAGAAUUUGCCCUUUUACUUCUUCAACUUUUACAACUUCAAAAAAUUGGACACACAACCCACAAAGUCCUAAUUUCCCUCUGUAAGCUUUUUGUUUGUUUUGUUUUGUGUUUUACUUUCUCAAA